CUCCCCGGCGCUAGCCUCCCGGCCGGCCGGCCCUCCGCGGGCGGCACUCGGCACCGCGCUCCGCGCCGCAGCCGCCAGCCGGGGCCAUGGGCUGCGACGGCCGCUUGUCGGGGCUGCUGCGCCGCCACCUGCUGCCCACGCUCACCUACUGGAGCGUCUUCUUCAGCUUCGGCCUGUGCAUCGCCUUCCUGGGGCCCACGCUGCUGGACCUGCGCUGCCAGACGCACAGCUCGCUCGCCCAGAUCUCCUGGGUCUUCUUCUCACAGCAGCUCUGCCUCCUGCUGGGCAGCGUCCUCGGGGGCGUCUUCAAGCGGACCCUGGCCCAGUCGCUGUGGGCCCUCUUCACCUCCUCUCUGACCAUCUCCCUGGUGUUCGCCGUCAUCCCCUUCUGCCGCAACGUGAAGGUGCUGGCCUCCGUCAUGGCGCUGGCGGGCCUGGCCAUGGGCUGCAUUGACACCGUGGCCAACAUGCAGCUGGUGAGGAUCUACCAGAAGGACUCGGCCAUCUUCCUCCAGGUUCUCCAUUUCUUUGUGGGCUUUGGGGCUCUGCUGAGCCCCCUGAUCGCCGACCCCUUCCUAUCGGAGAACAGCUGCUUGCCGGCCAAUAGCACGGUCAACAUCACCUCCGGCAGUCGCCUCUUCCACGCCUCCAGGGUCCUGGGCCAGCACCAUGCAGGGGCCUGGCCUUGGGCCAACCAGACGCUCCCCGGGCUGUCCCCGCCAGACGGAGCAGGAACCCGCGUGUCCUACGCCUUCUGGAUCAUGGCCCUGAUCAACCUCCCGGUGCCCAUGGCUGUGCUGUAUCUGCUGUCCAAAGAGCGGCUGCUGACCUGCUGCCCGCAGCGGAGGCCGCUGCUCCUGUCUGCGGAUGAGCUCGCCCUGGAGACCCAGCCUCCCGAGAAGGAAGCCGCUUCCUCGCUGCCCCCAAAGGUUCCGUCACACCCAGCGCACGAGGACCUGUUCAGCUGCUGCCGGAGGAGGAACUUCAGGGGAGCCCCUUACUCCUUCUUCGCCAUCCACGUCACAGCUGCCCUGGUCCUGUUCAUGACCGACGGGAUGACGGGCGCGUAUUCCACCUUCGUGUACAGCUAUGCCGUGGAGAAGCCCAUGUCGAUGGGACACAGGACGGCUGGCUACCUCCCCAGCCUCUUCUGGGGCUUCAUCACCCUGGGUCAGCUCGUCUCCAUCCCCGUCUCCUCCCGCGUGAGGCCGGCCACCAUGGUUUUCAUCAAUGUGGUCGGCGCGGUGGUGACACACCUGGUGCUUCUCGCUUUCUCCUACAACGUCAUCUUCCUGUUCGCGGGCACCGCCUGCCUGGGCCUGUUCCUCAGCAGCACCUUCCCCAGCAUGCUGGCCCACACCGAGGACAUCCUGCAGUACAGGGGCUGUGCGACCACGGUGCUGGUGACAGGGGCAGGACUUGGCGAGAUGUCCCUCCAGAUGCUGGUUGGCUGGGUAUUCCAGGCUCGGGGCAGCUACAGCUUCCUGGUCUGCGGCGUGAUCUUUGCCUGCUUGGCUUUCACCUUCUACAUCUUGCUCCUGUUUUUCCACAGGAUGCACCCUGGACUCUCAUCAGCUCCUCCCCAGGACAGACCAUGCGGGACGGAAGGCUCCGAAUGCUACCAGAGGUAGAAGUGGGGGAAAGAGGCAGGCGAAUACAUCGGCCUCUCGAGCACCAGUGGAGACCAAAGCGUGGAAGAAAGCUGGCCGAAAGCGGAGGCCAUCGGUCCCGGCCUUCUCCACUAAAUACUGGCAUAGAAGGAAUGAAAUCGCGUUCUGGUACCUGGGUCCUCCCCGGGCAAAUCAUUAGGAUUUUACUCAGCUAGUCCAGCGGCUUCCCUCCUCCUGGGGGGACUUGGUCAGAGCUGCCCAGGAUGCUGCUGGGGAGGAGGAGGAGACUCACACUUCACUCUACUGGCCGCCUCCUGCAUGGACCACACCCCAGGUUUGAAGAUCACUCUCAGAUGAUUUUGAAAAUACAGGUUGAAAUCAUAAAGCUUGAUGAUCAUUGUUCUAUGUAGAUCUACUUUAAGUUAAUCAGAACAAACCCCGUAACUCCACGGCAUGCUCACACGAUUUAUGUGCGUUUUCCUUAUUCAUAGUCCAGAGUCCCUCAAAUUCCUGCUGCUGGUAUCAGUAGCUCAUCCAUGAUCUAAAACAGCAAAAGGAAACGUUGAAUCUUGCUUUCUUCGGGACACUAAUUCAGCGGUAUGCUGGGCUAGCUCCUACCAGUGUAUAAGAAAAAAAAAAAAGGCUGAUCGUUAAAAUUUCAUUUUGAGAGCCGUUUGUUAAAUGCGGCCGUUAUUAAAAUUUAAAUGAUAGAAACUUACAAUUAAAUUACAUUAAAGACAAAGGUAAUGCCUACUUAAUAACUCAUCACUUCCUGAUUUUGCUAUGUCUGUGCUCUUGGAGGAAUUGAUGACUGUCGUGUCUGUAUUGUAGAAAUACUACCACUUUCAGUGAUAAGGUGUUGCUGACUCGAGGUCAGCCAGAGUGGGAGUAUUUACACCACAGAAAUCGGCAAAAGCUACAAAGCCUGGCUUUUCUCCCCUGGAGGUGCAGGUGUUAAACAUCUGCCAGCGCACCAGGGCUAGUAAUCAGUGCGAACUGGUCCAGAAGUUGCCCGAGAGAAUGAGAUGGAUGUUCUGUUUUUCUUUACUGACACUGACUAGCUUAUAAAAGGUGUAGAAACGGCUCUAAGAAUUUCUCAAAAACAUCUAAUUUAAACUUUACUUCUAUAGAGAAAACAACUCUUUACAGGCAUACCUCAGGGAUAUGGAGGGUUCAGUUCCAGACCUUCGUAAUAAAGCGAGUGUCACAGUAAAGUGAGUUGCAAUCUUUUUGCUGGUGGAGGCUCUCGCCUUCAAUUUGUUAAAAAAAAAAAAAAAAAAAGGCAACACAAUAAAGCAAAUCACAAUUACAUGAGGUAUGCCUGUGUACCAAUGUCAAGUUCUUGGACAAAAAUGGGACUUCUGAGCCAUUCAAGCUGCGCAGUAUCCUGAAAGCCGUGCCUGCCGCCCAGAGCAAGUCCCAUAGCUCUACACACUCGGCAACCUGGAAAGGGGUGAGCCCUGAGACUGUAGGUCGUGAGGUGGCUGUCACAGUGACUGUGUUUAGUUCACCUGCUCUUUCUGUCUGUAUACACGUGUACACGUAUAAAAAGUAAGUGGAUCCUGGUUCUCAGUAACCUGUCCAGGAACGCGGUUCGCAUCUCCGACGUGAAAAGGUGCGCCUGGGCCUGUAGGCUGGCUGUGCGCAGCCAGCAGCGUGGAGUGGCGCUCACAUCCGCCUGCGGAGACCCCCACGGCGCUGGCCUCCGCUCCUCGCUGGGGCCCUGGGCAGGGACGCCACGGAGGCUCUUCUGGCUUCGCUGUUUUCAUCUGUACAGUGACGUUUCUAGAAGGAAUUACCCUACCUCAAAGGAAUUCUGAAAAAAUUUGGUGAAUGUAAUUAUUCAUAUGCCUGACAGAAACUGCUUAUAAAACCUCCUCAUAAGCAGCUUAGAAAUUGUUCAUAUGUUUGUUAUACGUUUAUGGUAAGUCAAACAGAUCCAAAUUCUUUUGGAAGCUGGUGGGCUAGGGGUAUAGUUUUAACUAUGUCUGUAAACACUUAAAAGUAUUCCAUGCCAGCCAAACUUAAAUGUGUAACCUAACGGUAGGGAAUGACUAACCGGGGCAAAAAGAAAACAGCUGUAUUUUUCUUGUGGCUUUUUUCAAGAAAACAUCCUUUUUAUACAGAGUUAGAAAGAAGAAUCCGUGGCUAUAUCUACGAUGACCAAGAUUAAUUUGUGACUAUAGAAAACAAGAUUGAAACAA